AUGGCGGCCAACCUCACGGGCCAAGUGCGCGCCAUCGCCGAGGUGACGACGGCUGUCGCACGCGGCGAUCUGUCGAAGAAGAUGACCACGGACGUGAAGGGCGAGAUCCUCGAGCUGAAGAACACGAUCAACACCAUGGUGGAUCAGCUCAACUCGUUCGCGUCGGAGGUGACCCGAGUGGCCGGCGAGGUCGGCACGGAGGGCAAGCUCGGCGGCCAGGCCCACGUGCGCGGUGUAUCGGGCAUCUGGAAGGACCUCACGUACAACGUGAACACCAUGGCGGCCAACCUCACGGGUCAAGUGCGCGCCAUCGCGCAAGUGACGACGGCCGUGGCGAAGGGCGAUCUGUCGAAGAAGAUGACGGCCGACGCCAAGGGCGAGAUCCUCGAGCUCAAGUCGACAAUCAACACCAUGGUGGAUCAGCUCAACACGUUCGCGUCGGAGGUGACUCGAGUCGCUCGCGAGGUCGGCACAGAGGGCAAGCUCGGCGGCCAGGCGCAGGUCAAGGGCGUCUCCGGUAUCUGGGAGGACCUUACGACCAACGUGAACACCAUGGCGGCCAACUUGACCAAUCAGGUGCGAGCCAUUGCCGAGGUGGCGCGAGCCGUGACCAAGGGCGACUUCACCCGUUUCAUCACCGUCGAGGCCUACGGAGAGAUGAACACCCUGAAGACUAUAAUCAACGAGAUGAUCUGCACGCUCAAGGAGAUGCUCAUCAAGACCGCGCUCGCCAACGAAGCCAACAGGGCCAAGACCGAGUUCAUGGCCAACAUGUCACACGAGAUCCGAACGCCCAUGAACGGUAUCAUCGGUAUGACCGAGCUGGCGCUGGACACUCAGCUGAGCUCCGAGCAGCGCGACUACCUGAAGCUGGUGCACUCCUCGGCGCUGGGUCUGCUCACCAUCAUCAACGACAUCCUCGAUUUCUCCAAGAUUGAGGCCGGUAAGCUCGACAUUGAGCACAUCGAUAUGUCGCUUCACGAGACCCUGGGCGACACGCUCAAGGCGCUGGCGCUCAAGGCCCAUGAGAAGGGCAUCGAGCUUCUGAGCGAUAUCGAGCCCACACUGCCCGACAAGCUGGUCGGUGAUCCCGUGCGACUGCGGCAGGUCAUCAUCAACCUAGUGGGCAACGCUAUCAAGUUCACGUCCAAGGGCGAGGUCGUCCUCUCGGUGCAGAUGCAGCAGAGGAACGCCGACUCGGUCGUCCUCCAUUUUGCCGUGCGCGACACGGGCAUCGGCAUCCCCGCCGACAAGCUCUCCGUCAUCUUCGAGGCCUUCUCGCAGGCCGACGGGUCCAUCACCCGCAAGUACGGUGGUACCGGCCUCGGUCUCACCAUCUCCACGCGCCUCGUGCAGCUCAUGCAGGGUAAACUCACGGCCGAGAGCGUCCCGGACAAGGGCAGUCUGUUCCACUUCACGGCCACGUUCGGCCUGGGCCGCGACGAGUCGCCGCACCAGAAGCAGCAGACGGCCAUCCUCUCGAGCCGCCGCGUGCUGCUGGUCGACGCCAACAUCACCUCGCGCCGCAUCCUCUCCCAGAUGCUCCUACACUGGCAGAUGGAGCCCGUGCUGGUCGACACCGUGCACGAGGCCACCGAGCUCUUCGCUGAGUCGUCGCUCGCACAGAAGCCCUUCGAGUAUGUGCUGCUCGUCUCGCAGAUCCCGGACGACCUCGAAGGCCUCACCGUCGCGCAGUUCACCGAGAACCGAAUCAUCACCAAGGAGACGAUGAUCAUCCUCAUGCUCUCACCCACCACCUCCAAGCGUGACAUACUGAGCCAGCACUCGUGUCCGCCCAUGUGUGCCUACCUCAACAAGCCGGUGGGUCAGAGCGAGCUUCUCUACGCCCUGCUCAAGCCCUUCGAGAAGGAGCCCAUCCACAUGGCCUCCACCGGCAGCGACACCACCGCCGGGGGCUCGCCGCUCCUCACCGUGCAGGGCAAGCCCAAGCAGAAGAUCCUUCUCGCCGAGGACAACGUCGUCAAUCAGAAGCUUGCCAUCAGGUUUGGCUAUGCGGUGACGCUGGCAGACAACGGACGGAAGGCGGUCGAGGCGGCUCGCGGGCAUCGGUUCGACCUGAUCCUCAUGGACGUCCAGAUGCCGGAGAUGGGCGGCUUCGAGGCGACGGCCAAGAUCCGCGAGCUCGAGAAGCGGCAGGGCAAGGGCCACACGCCGAUCGUCGCCAUGACCGCGCACGCCAUCCAGGGCUAUCGAGAGAAGUGCCUCGAGGGCGGCAUGGACGGGUACAUCUCGAAGCCCAUCCACGCCGAGUCCCUCAAGCAGACGAUCGAGUCCUUCCUCAACCUCUCCAAGGACGCCUUCGUGCUCGACGAACCCACCCGCAUGUAUGUACAUUGCAAGGUCCGGUCCACCCACGACAUCGCCGACGUCGGGACCACCACCGUUGCCGCCGCCACCGCCACCGAUGACGACGAGGAGGGCCACGAGCCGCCCGCCGUGUGGCCCUGA